GCCGCAGAGAAAGUCCAUUGGAAUCGAGGUUACCUUCUCUUUGCCUUGUCAUCAAUAUUAAUAAAUUUACAAGCUAGCUAGCGAUCUCUAGAGGCCUACCCCCACAGUAAAGAUGAGCCGUAUUGGUCAGAUCACGGAGGACGAGAUUCGUGAGCAAUGGCCCCUCCACUGGCUGGUCUGGAAUGACAGUCCCAAACCUCUGGAUAGACUCCUCACUGAGAAGCAGAAUAAUAUAGAGGGGCUGGACCCUCGUGGUCGCACCCCCCUACACCUGGCCGUGGCCCUCGGUAGACUGGACUGUGUCGCCAUGCUCCUGAAGCACGGAGCUGAUACCCUGGCUACUAACAGACAUCACUGGUCAGUAUUGAACGAGGCGGUGUGUACAGGCAACCCUGAGCUGAUAGGGCUGGUACUCCAGUGUAGGGAUCAACAACAGAAGGAGGUCAACAUCCGAAACAUCCCCACCAUGCUUGAGCGACUGCAGAGCACCUCCGACUAUUACAUAGAGAUGAAGUGGGAGUUCAGCUCGUGGGUUCCGCUGGUCUCCAGGAUGUGUCCCAGUGACACCUGCAAGAUCUGGAAGAAGGGAACCACAGUACGUGUGGACACAAGCCUGCUGGGGUUCCAAAACAUGCGCUGGCAGCGGGGGCAACAGACGCUGAUAUUCGAGGCAACCCGCCAAGGUCAUCGUAUCUGUGACAUCAAUCACGGGGAGAAGAGCUACUGGUCCAAGGAGUUCAAGAUCACAGAACAGAGGGUGGACCCGGCACAGAUGAUCAUGUCCCACGAGCUGGGGGUGGUCCAGCGACUCUCCGCCCCCGUUGUGUGUACACACGUAGACACUGACGACAUCGCAUUCCAGCGCCAGAAGAGUGGCAUCUGGGGCUUCAGGUCAGAGAAGGUGGAGCAGAUCAGUGGGUACUCAGCAAAGGUGUUCACAGCGACUGGGCUCAAUAUCAAGACCAACACGAGGGUGGAGCAUCUCCCAGAGUCAGAGAAGAAGAAGCAGAAGAGUGUUAGUCCAUUGCAAGACUUUCUGGGGGCAGCACAGAAUCAUGCGUCUAACAUGCCGGCAGUUGAGGCCACACCUACUGACCACACCCCUUCAACGGAGGAGGCCCGACAGAGUACUGGGCCGAAAUUGACAUUGGAGCAAUACUUCACUGAGCCUAACAACAAGGAAGAGCCUGAUUGUAUUGGCAGAGCUCCUGAAGUGACCACUAAAACACAGAAACUGAAAGCAACUGUUUGUUUGGCUGAGAACUUUCCACUGGACCUCCAGGAUCAAGUCAUGCCCAUCAUAGACCUCAUGGCUAUGAACACUCCUCACUUUGCCAAGGUGAAGGACUUCAUCAACCUCCAAAUGCCCUCAGGCUUCCCUGUCAGAUUCGAGAUUCCUUUCUUCCAUCUGAUGUCUGCCAAGGUGACCUUUGGUAAUGUCAAUAGUCACAGUGAGCCUGUCCCUCACGUGUCACUACGCACUGAGGAGAGGAGGGAAGAUCCCGUACCUGUGUACACGCCCACUGGUCCAGUAUCCUUGGCAACUACGGAAGGUGGCCUAGUCAAGCAGCGACAUGGACGUGCUGGUGGUGGUAGUAGUGUGGACCCUGAGGACACGACACCUGAUCACUCUCCUGUAGACACGGGAAGCUCCACUGUACAGACCCAGGAGGUGUGCACCAUCUCAGAGGAGUGUUUCAAAGUCCCGCCCACCUACCGACGACUCAACACGGGCUCCUACUCUAUGGCUAACGAAGAGGAGGAGCUGCUGCAGCUGGCCAUACGACAGAGCCUCCUGGAGCAGGGGGAAGGGGACCCGGAGGAACAGCUGAGCUUGAGGGAGGCACUGGGGGACCAGACACUCAUGGGGUCUGGCCAUGGGGGUGUGGUCAGUAGGCGUGGUCCAAAUGCUGAUGAUGAAGAGUUGGAGUUUGCCCUAGCGUUGAGUCGGCAUUUGGAAGAGGAGGAAGCCAGGAAACGACGACACGAAGAAGAGGAUUCACAAGACGAGGAAUUGCAGAGAAUACUGAAGUUAUCUCUGGAAGAGAAAUAACUGAAUUUUUAAACUUUAAAUUAGCGAGGAAUAGAUGUUUCAAAUUAACACCCGUUUUGUAUAAAUUAUGAGUCAGUGUGCUUAUAAUGAUGUGUGGAAAAUCA